CUUCCUGGCACUGCCACCAGGAGCAGGCUCAGCUAUAAAUUCCUUCUCUGGUCGUUGCUCCAACUUCUCAGCACGCAUGCGCAGACCUGGUGCCCCACCUCCACUCCUGAGCACCGCCCCCGCACAUGCUCAGAGCACGCAUGCGCACACCUCUUGGCCUGGUGCCCGCCUCCAGCCCUUCCAGCGGUCCCAGGAGGCCCCGCGUGGUUUCCAUGGCGACGCCCGCGCUUCCUUAGGUCCCAGGUUGAGACAGCUGCGGGAGCAGCGCGGAGCAGGGUUUUUUGAAAUAUAGCCUUUAUUUUAAAAAGAGACUAGAACAUGUCAAAAAGUCCUACUUGGAAACUUCAUGAGUCCUGCAGUGAAGAGUGCUCCGCGUGAGGCAUACAGUUCAUCUCCAGACACCUUAGGGAAUGAGUUUGGAAAAGAGCAACAGAAUUGAGAACUGAAUGAAAAAGACAUGCUUUUAAAGACGCCUGCGAUGGAUUGGUUUGUUUCAUUCUACUGAUGAGGUUGUGGACUAUGUCUUUGGCUGAUACAACAAAAGCACACACAAAUGAGCAUUUCCCCAGCCUGGUACUAGGAAGCAACAGGAAGUCUGCAGAAGGCAAGAGUAGCCCAGGCGCUGGCGACCUGUCACGGAACAGCAGGGCUUCCAAUGGGAGCGUGGAUUACAGCAGAUCUCAGUGCUCCUACAGAAGCCUGACCUCCCACUAUGACUAUUCAGAAGACUUUCUUUCUGAGUGCUCUGAAGCAGCCACCAACAGACAUGAGUUAGAGCACCCUCUGGGGAAAGAAAAGGAGAAAAGAAAGUAUAGCCCUUCUAAAAUCCCCCAGCCUAAAGGCCAGAAGGACCUCCCAACAGAGAAAAGGCACACCUGGAAUGCUUCAUUUCUCAAUUCUCAAAUUCAAACAGUUACCAAAAGAAGAGACGCCAUGACACACCGCAUCCUGUCAGCCCGACUUCAUAAGAUUAAAGAGCUGAAGAAUGAGCUAGCCGACACACGCCGGAAGCUGGAAGCUACUGCCACAGAGAACCAAAUCCUGAAGCAGCUUCAGCUCAGGCAUGCAAAAGCCAUAGGGAGAUAUGUGAGCUCACAAGACAGCCUGCCGCAGGUCACAGUUAGACACCAGAAUGAGGUGAGGAGCCUGCGGCAGCUCCUUCGGAAAUCCCAGGAGAAGGAGCGAGCAGUGGCGAGGAAGCUCCGAGAGACUGACAGUGAGCUACUGAGGACCAGAGAUGCCUUGCAGGCCCUACAGAAACUUUCAGAAGACAAGAGCCUUGCAGAAAGAGAAGAACUGACUCACAGGUUGACUGUUCUGACAGCCAAAAUGGAGGCAAAUGACAAAAAAAUACAGAACUUGGAAAAACAGCUGAGGCUGAACAAUCGAUCCUUUGGUCGGCAGUUGGCCAAAGAAAACCGGAAGACAUUAACAGCCCAAACAGCAACAAAGACUCUGCAGGGAGAAGUGCGGCAGCUGCAGCAGAAACUUAAGGAGAAGGAUCGCGAGCUGGAAAUUAAAAACAUCUACACUAAUCGAAUACUUAAAAACUUACAUGAAAAGGAAGAUUACCCAAAAGUUUCUUCAACAAAAUCAGUACAAGCAGACAGAAAAAGUUUGCCGUCUGUAAAUAUGAGACACCAGGAAACCCAAAAGUCAGAUGUGCCACUGUGGACAGCAAAGGUAUGUAAGCUCCACAGUCUUCUACGCAUUAGCCUAGACUGGCCCACCACCAACGCUCAGGCCCGACUCUUGCCUCGGCCCCACAGGCAAGUUCUGGGGGUAGAACUCAAGCCCUCAGCUUGUUCCCUCAGCCACUGCACCAUGGGGAGGGGGGUGCUUCUAAAAUCUAUUUCUUGUUUGAGGGCACUUAAUCUUAAUCUUUCUAAUGUAGAUUUAUCAAAGGAGGUUGAACACCCAAAACCACAAGCCUCUCUGGAAACUCUUAGGAAGCAAGAAGAGAAAAGGGAAGAUCAGGAAAAGAAAGUCAUCCCACCAGAAGUAGAGCCAAUUGCAAGGGAAAGUGUGACCCCUGCAGACCCAGAGGGCGAGGUUCCAGCCAGGGAAGUGGCUGCGAUGGCUGAGCUGGCCCAGGAGGGAGCGGCCGCUGAUGUGGAGCCUGGGCCAGCCCCGAACAAGACCCCUCGGCCAAGGAAGCACUACUCCUUCACCGAGGCCACUGAGAACCUGCACCACGGGCUGCCCACAUCCUGUGGGCAGGCCUCGGGCAGCCCACGCUGCCGCCACAGCAUGGGCAAGCACCGCAGCGACCAGUACUUGCGGCUGGAGCCUGCCUGCUACGAGCCCUCCUUCGGCAAGGCCACCAGGGUCAAAGCCAAGGAGACAGCCUUCCGGGACAAGAAGAGCAGCCUCAUGGAGGAGCUCUUCGGUGCAGGCUUCGCGGGCAGGAGUGGCCCCACCAAUGGCGAGGUGGCUGGCAAGGCCCAGCAGCUCGGACCCAGCCAGGCCUCUGCCAGCAACGCCUUCGGGGACUCCAGAGCCACCGUGGUGCGGUCCAUCCAGGCCUCACCCGCCGAAGGAAACAGGAAAACGGUUAUUUAAAUGCAACAGAGGCCUAAUACAUUCUGGUUUAUAUACUAGUUACAUGCCUUUAAUCUUACUUACCAUG